AUGGACACCUCGUACCCGCGGGAGGACGAGCCGCCCCGCAAGCGGGGAUCACCCCCCGCCGCCCCCCCGCCCCGCGACCACCUCGUCUGGGCCAUCUUCAACACCCUCUACAUGAAUUUCUGCUGCCUGGGCUUCGUGGCGCUCGCCUUCGCCGUCAAGGCGCGGGACCGGAAGGUGUCUGGGGACGUGGAAGCCGCUCGGCACUUCAGCUCCAAGGCGCGGUGCUACAACGCCCUGGCCACGGCGGGCAGCGUGGUGCUGCCACUGCUGGUCGUCGCCCUCGUCGUCACCGGCGUCAUCCACCUCUCCAAGCUCGCCCAGGACUCCGUCGGCUUCUUCACUUACCAGCUCAGCGGGAGGGACGACGAGGACCACUGAU